GAGUUAAUGGCAGAAGUUGAGGUUAGAGCAGCACACAAUGAAUUGGAAGCAUGUGCUCAAACGGACACCAUAGACAAGGUUGUAUUUACAUCCUCAGCAACGACUGUUAUUUGGAGAGACGAUCGAAAUUCGUCAUCAUCUCCUGCAGAUUUAGAUGAAAAACAUUGGAGUGACAUUAAUAUCUGCCGUAAGAUUAAGAUCCAAUCCCACCAUGUUCACUCCACCCCCUUCCCCUAA